AUGCCCCUAGGUCUGCACAUGAUGACUUGGGAUUUCCUCAAUUGGAAAUAUGCGCAUGAGGACAUCCGGAUUCCAUGGCAAGCUGGCAAGUAUGUUCAUUCUCAGAACAGAGCCAUCCGCGUUCUCUGUAUGUGGAAUGUUCAGGUUCCAAGUGAAAGAACAAACAGACCUGCAUAUAUAUACCGAGCAAUGAACCCGCAGCAGCAGAUGCGAAGCCAAAAGGUCCAAGUCGUGGCCAGAAACAAGCCAAGACACAGACUACGGCAUCUGAUACUAUUAUACAAUAUAUCCACAGAAGCGUUGUCGUCGGCUUAUAGCAUACAACAGCAGCAACAAGAUCAACAUCCCAGCAUCUUCAUACUAUACACCAUUGCUCAGUACAUCUCAGCCAGAUCCAGAACCCAAACCAUGUGUCGGGAAAACUACUUCCAGAUGAAUUGUGAGACUUGUGACAAAGAGCUGGCAACCGAUAUGACCCUUGAUCGUUGCGAAGCAGGCUAUUUCUUUCAAAACUAUGAACUCUGUCCGAACGGUGUUCAGAGCUUGUUAGAGAUCAUUGAGGUGAAGUGUUUGACAUGCAAGGAGGAAGAGGAUAUGAUGGAUACUGAUGAGUUGGCAGACAUACUGUCCACACAUAUCUAG